AUGCUGUCCCGUUUCGUGUUGCUGGUCUGUCUGGCCCUGCAGGCUUACGCAACGAGUCCUGUUGUGCAUAUAACAUACGACACGUUCAAGGACUUCAUCGCAGGGCAUGAUACUGUAUUGGUCAACUGGUUGAAUGCGUAUCCUACCCUAGGUCUGUUCCACAGGAAGACGAACGGCGACGACUUCGUCAAGUACAAUGGCGAUCGAUCUGCGGCAAACCUCGUGUCAUUUGCAUCUAAUGGCACUAUCAGCAUGCCUACUCCGCCAGAAGAAGCAACAUCAACGAACAAACACUACGCCCGACCGACAAAAACUCCAUCACCGAAUCCGUCUCCCGAUUCGACAGCGAAUAACGCCGUGCUGUUGCUCAACGAAGGCAGAGAAGCCCUUGUCAAGCUCGAGCUAGCCGGACUUCCUUGGUUGACGGCGAAGAAUAAUGGCAAUAGUCCAUCAAGCUGCGCGCUCCUCGACUUGGUCAUCACUGGCGAAGGGAAACACCUAUCUCUAGGCCGCCAAAAGCUCGCCCUGACAGUCCCGGAUCCUUCCAUCCCCGUGUCGCCGUAUGUUGGCCAGGUCGACUGCGACUAUGAUUUGAGCUUCAUUGACCAGAAAAGACCGCUCUGCGAACAGAUAUCCCGAUACAUCAACAACGAGACAGAGAUGGGCCUGGACUAUGCCAUUGACGCGAGGAAUCGAGACGAUCCGAACAUCCGGUACUACAACUAUCAUCCGCAGAUCUAUCUAGACAUCGUCGGCGCAAAGAACAUGCUAUUGGAUGCGCCGGCUCAGAAGACUCUGGAGAUCAAGCUGUAUGACAAAAGCAAGACGGGCUCGACCGAUCCUAGGCGCGAAUUCCGCAUCGAGAAGAUCCUGUUCCAUGACCGGCCGAAGGACUAUCGUGUACCAGGAUCAUUCGAGAAGCCGUGCAGUCUUUGGAGUUACAGAUGUGCUGACAUUGCGGAUCCACCUUGGUACAAAUAUGUCUGGAGGUCCAACUUCGAUGAGUAUGGUCGUAUUGGGUGUCUGAGGCGAGAGCUCGCCAUCAGGUGGAGAGCGCUGAUGUGCUACCGCGAUAUCGUCGUCGAAGGAUUUACCAGAGAUCGAGCCGCCACCACCAUGGACCCGGUAACAACGAGCGAGCAGCAGACACUACUUGCAGAAAACAUCCACUUCAUGUCGAUGUCGGCCACAGAAUGCUCGUAUGCAGGCACCACGGUGCUUGAUAUCCAAGAACUACUAGAGGAGGUCCUUCAGUACUUGCCACCAGGCGCCUUACUCCGACUGCAGCGUGUCUGCAAGAACUGGCAAUACACCAUCGGGAAAUAUGCGCACUUCAAAAGAUCGCUGUUCCUGGUCCCGAUUGAGGGCACUGAGGUUGUCCUGGGAAGAAGAAGGGGCAAGGACCUAGCACCACCUCGCAAGCUCCCGGUACCUUGCAAGACCUGCGGUAUGAGAGGCAUACCAAGGCCCAUGAAACACACCGAAUCUGUGCUUGUUCCGAUCCAGUUCAACCCACUCUUCUGCGAUCAAAGGCCGGAGGACAAAGCGGACAGUCUGGACGAGCGGGCUUCACGCCCCGCUUGCGCGGACCUCUAUCUACGAGAAUGGGAUCUCAGGGAGGAGAAGCCUCAGCCUUGGCAUAACAUGUUCCUCACACAGCCAGCAUGUCGCCGAGUUCGAGUACAGGUCUCCGGCGACCACGAAGGAAGCCUUGGUGGUUUCUCAGCAGCAAUUGAUGACUUCGUGGUCACGGAUCCAUCUGGCGUGCGCCUUGGGCAGGUCGUGGCGAACAUGAAGAAGCGUUUUCGACACUACCUCGAGUUUGGGGAGAUCUACAUCAACGAUGUAAAGAUCUUCGUGCCGAACGCAAUCGAGGUCAUGGCAGGCGACGAGAAAGAGGUCGAAUUUCGCACCGCGGCUCGUGAUCAGGAGUCGUAG